CUCAAGGUGUGAAAUAAAGAUGGCGGCCCCCAUGAAAAUGUAAAAGGAGCUAUUUUUAGAUUUCCCUAGAAACAGCAGUUCUGACUUCUGAUUAUCGGCAGCUCUCCUAACCUCACUCUAGUUAAUUAACAAUUUAUUGACUUGACUUGUCAUGGCGAUACUAGGACCUCAGUUGGUCAUCACUAUGGUGAUGGCCAGUUUUCUUCAGAAAUUGUUUCCGCUGUACUCCUUUGCACGCUGGCUUCUCAGCAAGAAGCUUGUAAGAUAUCUCCACCCAACUGAUGACGAACUGAAAAAACUGGCUGGUAUACCUGCUAACUCAUAUAAAGGGAAAGGACGGAAAAGAGAGAAAAACAAAGAUUCUGAGCCAUUUACUGUUCCCAAGAGCUUAGAGCUUGAUUUGGAUAAAGCUGAAGUGGUCGCAUUGGACAUGUUCCCACUACAUUACUACAAAGACUAUCAGUGGCUGAUGGAUUUCUCUCUUUGUGCGCUACUUGUUUACCUAAUGGCCGAAGCAUAUUAUUUCUUCCUACCUCAGACGGAAUUUAACCUCAGUGCAUUAUGGGUACUACUCGGAAUUGGAUUUGCACUGAAAAUCCUGGCUUCUUUAACGGGAAUGUAUUUUCGUACCGAAGAGAGUGGUGAAAGGAUAAUGUGUAUUGCUUUCGGAUUUUUCUUCCUCGUUAUGGCUAUGGGCGUCAUGCUGGUUGAUGAAUCAAAAUUGGAGUUUGGACUCGAUGAAGCUUACAAAAAUUUCUCGAUUAAUGCUGAAGAGUUUUUAAAACACCAGGGUAUUGAUUCGAGUGGUCCAGCAUCAAAAUACACUUUUAAGAUAAUAAUUGCUUUCAUAAGUGCAAUUGUUGGAGCCUUGCUAACCUUUCCUGGAUUACGAUAUGCAAAAAUGCAUGUUGACUCUUUGAGAUAUUCUAAGGGGUCUUAUUUCAAGCAGAUCAUGCUGUAUAUUAAUUUCACGUGGCCAAUGUUGGUUGCCUUGAUGUGGGUUAAGCCUAUAAUGCGUGAUUUCAUCUUCCUGGCUCGGCUACCUUCGGGAGAAGCCUUCAUGACGAGUGAGACCUUCGAGACAUUUCGUUUUGGAAUCAUAAUAGGUGGCGCUUUUCUACGAUUAACCCUCCUGACGACACAUUUGCAAUCUCAUCUGAAUUUAGCAUACUUGAAGGUGGUGCUUUUACGGAAGGAAGCAGGAAGGAUCAGUAGCUUAGAACUGCAGAGGAUGAUCUCAAGGGUGUUCUACUAUCUCUGCGUAGUAGCUUUACAGUACAUAGCGCCUGUAAUAUUAAUCCUAUUCAGUGCAUUAUUGAUGAAAUCUUUAGGACAAAUGAAUUUAGUUCGAUCCACGAGUUAUUUCAGCACUGCGAUAAAAUCAGAAACUGUUAUUACAGACGCAGCUAAGGAAAUGGUCUC